CCCAAACUGCCGCCUUCACACCAAUUUCUUCGUUGCACAGCUGGCUCGAAUCAGAGGCGACCACGCAAACUUAUCUGCAACUGGGAUUUUCUGCAUUUGUCUGUCCUCCCCUCCUCCUUUCCCCACUUCCCCCUUCCUUCGCUCGUUCUACCGCCUAAAGAUGUCAAUUUAUGUCAUUAUGCUACACCCUCCCCCACCCUUUCUACCCAUGCCCUUGCAUCCCUCCCCCCCCGCCAUCUGAUGUUAGGCCCUUUCCCCACAUCUUGGGUGACGUGGGUUUGCAUUAUCCGGAGUCGUGCCUACCUGCCUUGGUGGAGAGGGCUUCAAUCAAAGAAUUUGAGGUUGAUCCCGUUGACGCAUUCGUUCUUUGCAGGCACGCACCCCCACCGCCGUAAUACCUGAUAUCGCCGUGGCACCACCCUCGUUGCAGAUAGCCUCCAUCGUCAGCUAGUUUGGUUUGCUCCAUUGCCAACGCAUACUUCUAGUUAUCGUCACCACUACCACACCUUCCGCCUCAUUUUCUUGCUCGUUCCACUAGGCGUCGUUGCAUUGGAGCCUUGCCGGGUGGAUUUGGCCUUGCUUUCCCCCACGAUCAAUUCGAGGGUGUGGAUGAACGGGCAAUUGCUGUGUUGGCAUGCUCUGUUUGGUCCGAGACGAGAGUUAAGGCGAUAACGAGACCUAGCUUCCAGGAGAGUGGUGGGGAAGGGAAUUGAGGGCUAGAAGGGGGGAAGGAAGGAGGAAACGGAGGAGGAGGAGGAGAGGGGGGAAUACGGUCCUUUAUCUAAGCUGGGGGUUUCGCCCUUUACCUUCGUUUUUUCCUCAUCAUCAAUCGCACGUUCUCUGCCAACGCAAGCUUUCUGUCCAUCUAUCGAUCCAUACUCUAUUCUAUCCUAUACCAUCAAUCCACGUAAUAGUCUGCAAUGGCUUCAAGGCUUAUCAAGGAAGAUGCACUCAUCAGAAAGGACCGGUUCAAGCGCGCUGGUGCGUUGUCUCUCUGCCAAUUCACUGUCAAAUCCUUUCAUUAUGCUAACGAUCGAGGUGGAAUAGAUGAGGCCCGGCAAACCCUCACACAAGAGCUCCACACCCUCGGGGCAUCCGUUGAUAUGGAGCUCCGUGAACGCAUAACCAACAUUCACUCCAACGCCAAUGCUCUUGAGAGUCAAAGCAAGACCCUGAGGAACCGCACCGCUGCCCUCGGGAAGACUACACGUCAAUGGAGCGGCAUGGCAGAUGGAGCUAGAACCAAGUUGAAGGAAAUCGGUGACAUUCAGAACUGGGCAGAAAUGAUCGAGCACGAUCUUCUCCUCAUUGAAGAAACCCUUAGAAUUGUCCAUGAGGACGAACUUGAAGAUGAUGAUUCUUAAAUUACUUCCUCAUUCACGACGUUCAUGAGACUCAAAACUUAACAGCUUCUGUACAUUUCCGCUUUUCUUUGUUAUUUUCCUUUUUUCUUCCUCUUCAUACUUUAUGAACGGGUGGUGGUGUGUUCUGUUUGUAUUUCUUAUUUCACUCUGGAGUUGACGUUGCUAUUUUCCUUUUCCGGAAAAGUACGUAUUGCCGUUCAUUGGUUCGCUUGUUUGCUCCUCUCCCCCUCUCUAUCUCAAAACCUGGUGGGUGGGUGGGUGUGUUGCUGUUUCAGAUGUUUGCUGGCCGGUGGUGGGCGGGAUUAUGGCAGGGUAGGGCAGGUCGGGACAGGGGAGCGGAGCGGAAGGGAAACGUGGGGGAACAGAUAGGGAGAGGGGGGGGAGGAGCUUUAUUAAUAGGUUUUAAAUAUAUUUUUAACUCCU